AUGAAGCCACAAUCUAAAGGACGACUAAAUUCUAAUAAUAUUGAUCAAUCCUUUAGGCAGCAUGCUUCUGGUUCCUGUUACGACUUCACCAAGAUAUCAGAGGCACUACCUUCAGCCCAAAACUCCCUAAAUCAUGAGGCAGUUGAUCAUUGCAGAGGCUCCAUUGUUAUGCAGGACGAGAGUGCCUCAUGUGCUUAUGACUUUGGCGAGAUGUCCGAGGCACUGUCGAUCUGCCAGGACGAGGACAGAGAAUCCCUUGCAUUCCGUCAAACGCUCAUCAUAAAGCUCGGAAGGCAAGCCUUCUUGACAACAAAGGAAAAGAGAGAGCCUCUCAAGGUAAAGAAGCCCCCGGCAAAGCUUUUCAAUUUUAAGAGGACGCAACCAAUGUCCGUGAGAAAGUGCAGCUAA